UCGUUUGUCAGCUUACGACAAAACAAAAACAUUACCGCAUGCCUUGCGCUCCAAAACCGGCACAAAAAUGCGGGGUCUGUUACAAAGCAUAGUUAAAGUGGGCAUUCGUACUCGGCCAGAGUCCUUACUACGGCGUCAAUUGUGCACAAAGGUGACCGUUACCGCACCGCAUCACAGUGCCUUGCAACGGUAUGAGGAUGAUCUACAAAACGAGUUCCAGCAAGUGCUCCGAGAAGAUCAACGAUCCGUACUCGAUCCGGUACCGGAUCCGGCGUCUUUGGAAGCCUUCCCGAACACUAAGCCCGCAUUCAACUUUGCAGCUUAUGUGAACAAAUCGCACACCCUGCAGCAACUCGUAUCACUCGGCGUGGAACUACACAAGCUGGAAAAGCGCAAGGGUAUCCCUCAGUAUGUGCUGGGAUUGGAUUUUGAGCGAGAUAUGAAGGAACAUAUCCGAUUCCUCGCGGACGUUGGUGUGCCGGCGGAAAUGUUGGGAGAAUUCCUCACAAAAAAUCCAUUAAUUUUCAAAGAGGAUUUGGCAGAUCUUGAAACACGAAUGAAUUAUUUACAGUCGAAGCAAUUUCUGCCACAAGAAAUCACACGGAUAGUGACUAAAAACCCGUUCUGGCUUAUGCUCAGUACCAGGCGGAUCGAUCGCCGGUUAGGGUACUUUCAGAAAACGUUUCAUCUUGCAGGGAAUGAAGUGAGAACGCUAGCAACCAAACAACCAAGGCUUAUUACGUACAACUUGGAACAUGUGCGAAAGAACACAUUCACCGUGCAGGAAGAGAUGGGAUUCGAAAAGGAGGAAGUAAAGCAGCUGCUGCUGAGUAAGCCACGGAUUUGGAUGAUAAAAACCGAAGCAUUGCAGUACCGGUUUGAAUACAUUCAUCGCCGUAUGAAGAUUUCUCAUGCAGAAAUUCUCCAAACACCAGAUCUGCUGUUAACACGCGACGUUCGGAUCAAACAAAGACACGGUUUUCUCAAAUUUCUCGGUAAAGUGCAGUACGAUCCCAAGAAAGAGCUGUAUAUUCCGCUAAAAUCACUGGCCGAGGGAACCGACGAGGAGUUCGUUACAGAAGUCGCUAAAUCGAACAUGGAAUGUUACAAUCGCUUCCUGAAAACGCUCUGAACGCUGGACGCAUGUCUUAUGCUAUGGAGAGAUUAAUAAAACAAAAAAUAGUGCAAUAGGAAA